UCUGUCGGCGACGUUGUCAUAUAAGCAAGAGGAAUACAAAAUUAGAAUUAUUUAAUAUAUUUUGUGAAGGAGUCGUGUUCACAUAUCUUUGAUUAGCAUUCUUGAAGUGAAUUUUUAAUUAAAUAAAACUAACAUUUUAUUUUGUCAAUAUGGCAGCUGCAGUUGAACGCAGCCAACGUGGUGUUAGUAGAGUAUUAAGUAAAUUGGACAUCUCUAUAGACUCUGGAAACUAUUAUGAAGCACAUCAAAUGUAUCGAACUUUGUAUUUUCGAUAUGUGGGCCAAAAUAAAUUUGAUGAAUGUUUGGAACUACUUUAUAACGGAUCCUUGAAAUUAUUAACGAAAAAACAAGAAACGAGUGCAGCUGAUUUAGGUUUGCUACUUAUUGAUACAUUGGAAAGGCGUAAGAAUAAGGACGAUGUUGAUCUAUGGAUAGGACAAUUGACAACAAUUAUAUCACGCCUGAGUCCCAAUAUUGUCGAAAGAGAAACACUCAUUAAUCGUGCAAUUAAAUGGAGUGCUGAUAUAUCAGGUAUACCACAUGGUCAUCCAUCCAUGCAUAAACAUAUCGGAGAAAUCUUUUGGAAUGAUGGCAAUAUCGAGCAAUGUAGACAUCAUUUUUUACUAUCACAAGAUGGCAACCUGUGCGGACGCAUUUUAAUUAAAAUAAGUCUUAGCAAGGGUUUCGUAAAAGAAACAGAUUUAUUUAUUGUACAGGCUGUAUUGCAACAACUUUGUCUAAAGGAUAGCAAGACUGCGGAAGAUACAUUUGUGGCAUAUACAAAAGGCCAUCCAGAAAUAAAAAGAACUUGUUUUCCAUAUAAGCAACCGCUUUUAAAUUUUAUAUAUUUUCUUUUUCGCAGCAUUGAACUAAAUACCUUCGAUAUUUAUCUUGCACUACUUGAGCUAUAUAAGCCAUCUUUAAAACGAGAUGCUGCAUAUGAGAAAUAUCUUAUGAAAAUUAGUUGCCAUUAUUUUGGUGUUACACAUCCUCCAGAGAAUCGCGAAGGAGGCAUAAUGGGUGGGAUGUUUGGUGAUUUAUUUUCACGUCUGUUUCAAGGAUUCGAAGAUGAUGAUGAUGAACAACAAACUAUGCGUUGCGUUAACAAUACACAUAGCGCUGAAUUGGACUAACAUUGGUAUACGUGCUUCACAAUUGGAUAAUAUAAUUAUUCUUUUGCUAAAUUUUAAUUUGCUUGCUUUCCUUAACACUUUUAAUAAUUAAGUUUGCAUAUUUGAGCAUAUUUUCUUGUAUGUUUUUUUUAAAAUCAUAUAUUUAAAUUUAUUUAUAUAAUAAUAUUAUUUGUUAACAACUAAAAUAUUUAAAAAUUAGUGCUGCUUAUGACGAAAUCUUUGAUGAAAUCAGUGUGAAAUAUGAAUAAUUCAUUUUAUCAGAAUGUAUGUUAAGACAAAAUAUUUUAAUAUAAAACAAAUCAUUUUGAAAGCAUAUUUGUUGUAACUAAGCCGUAUUACUUAUAAUUUUAGAAUAUAAAUCAAUAAAACACC